GUCGCUGUACACGUCAUCAGCUGAGCAGCAACGGCAUAAAAUGCAAUUUAUUAUUGUUGUACAGUGGUUUUGCUCUCCAUUGCAAUUGCGACACUUUAAUUUGUGUAGAUUCUGUCGCACAACAAACUGCAAUUUGGGGCAGGCAAUAGUGCAACACGUGAACUAAUUGUGAAGCCAAAAAUAGAAGCGUUCUGUGACGACACACACUCGCCCGUGACAUUGAUUCACAUUCACAAAGAGCCAAAGAGAAAGCAGCUGUUAGCUGUUGGCUGUGGGCUGUUGGUUGGAAAAAAACGGUCUGUGAGCAAAAGCAAAAAUAAAACGAGGAAGUGUCUGAAUGUAUGUAGCCACCCGCCGCCAGUAUCAGCUGCUCGCUCUGGUCGUACGCAAAAUUUAUUAUUAAUUUAGCUAAGGCAGGCAUUUGCACAAAGUUAAAUAUUUUCGCACAUUCCCAACAAUAACAUCGACAAGAACGGAGCUAAAUUGCAAAAGCUUGGUGAGUGCAGCGAUAGCAACGAACGCAACUGGAAACUGUAAGCUGGAAUUGAGAGCAUAGCAAUAGAGGGCAGAGUGCAUUUAAUCAAAUCAUUUUGUGUUGUGUAAUCAGAAAGUGAACGGAAAAUUCGCUGCCAAAAUGUCUGAUAAAGAGUCCAGCAAAAAGGUGACACCCCCAAAGGGUAUGAAAUAUCUGAUUGGAGGUGCUAGUGGAAUGGGAGCCACUAUGUGCGUGCAGCCACUGGAUCUUGUCAAGAACAGAAUGCAAAUUUCCGGAGCGGGUAGCGGAAAAAAGGAAUUCCGCAAUUCCUUCCACUGCAUUCAAAUGGUGAUCAGCCGUGAAGGACCCCUUGCCCUAUACCAGGGUAUUUCAGCGGCGUUGCUUAGGCAAGCGACUUACACCACUGGGCGCCUAGGUGUGUACACUUACCUCAAUGAGGAAUAUCGGUCUCGCUUCAGCCGCGAUCCCAACGUGGUAGCGAGCAUGGUCAUGGGAAUUAUAGCCGGCGCAGCAGGUGCGUUCAUUGGCACACCGGCAGAAGUGGCUCUUAUUCGUAUGACCUCCGAUGGACGCUUGCCGCCGGAAGAGCGACGUAACUAUAAGAAUGUGGGCAAUGCACUGGCCCGUAUUACGCGCGAAGAGGGAUUGACCGCGUUGUGGCGCGGCUGUUUGCCCACAGUUGGUCGCGCCAUGGUGGUUAAUAUGACCCAAUUGGCUAGCUACUCUCAAUUCAAGACCUACUUCCGAACGGGGCCACUCCAAAUGGAAGAAGGCAUCAAAUUGCACUUCUUUGCCAGCAUGCUUAGCGGCCUGCUAACCACGAUAACAUCCAUGCCGCUGGAUAUUGCCAAGACUCGCAUCCAAAACAUGAAGGUUGUCGACGGAAAACAAGAAUAUAAGGGCACAACAGAUGUUCUGCUCCGGGUGGCACGCCACGAGGGAAUCUUUUCGCUGUGGAAGGGCUUCACGCCCUACUACUUCCGCCUGGGCCCGCACACUGUGCUUACCUUCAUACUGAUGGAGCAGAUGAAUACCGCCUUCAACAAGUACGUCCUUGGCGGGGAGAAACGUGGAUCCUCAAUAUAAGAAGAGUCGUCUAAUUGUAGCGGGCUAAGUGAUGUCGUUAAAGGUUUCCCGCAAAUCCUUUCACUACUAGCCAAUACGUUCGAAGGCUUAGCUGCAUAUUCCAAGCAACUCCCCAAACGAUGAUGGGCAGUAAACACGAUGAUCACAGCAAAUAUAUGGAUCUAUAUACACCCAUAUAUAUCUGUUAAACGACAAUAUAAUAUAAGUGGGGCAUUUAAAUGUCGGAAAUUCCGUUGACAAUAUAAAAUAUUUAAUGAUUGUUGUUAAAUCUUUUCUAUACAAAUAUUUAUGUAAAUCGUAAUAUAGAGCCCUAAGUAAAAAGUCUCUUCUGAAUAAAGCACAAUAAUAGAAGCAUUAUAUU